UCCAAGUAUUUCAACAACACAUUAUUUACCAAAUAUCUCUGCAUAUUCAACAAAAGAAAGAAAAUGGCUCGAUCAAUAUCUGCCAUUUUCUUCUUCGUAUUGCUCGUAUCAAUGGCUACGGCCACAGCCCCUGGAAGUUCUUUAACGGCUGCCCCCGGCGGCCCAGUAAUUACUCCACCUGGGAUUGCUAACCAUCCGAGCCAUUCUCAUUGCUCUGAUGAUGAAAUCAAGCAAUGCAAAAAUCUUCCACAUGUUUGUCCCAAAUUCUGUCCCAAUGGCUGCAUAACUGAGUGUCGAUCUUGCAAACCUAUUUGCAUUGAUGGCCCAACUCCACCUCCCUACACCCCCCCGAGUCCAACUACAUCUCCAAAGAAGGUUAAGUGCAAGAACAAGAAUUACCCAAAAUGUUAUAAUCAACAACAUACAUGCCCUAGUACUUGCCCUGGUACAUGUCAAGUUGAUUGUGUGUCUUGCAAACCUGUUUGCAGUUGUGACACUCCAGGAGCAGUUUGCCAAGAUCCACGUUUCAUUGGAGCAGAUGGAAUUACUUUCUACUUCCACGGCAAGAAGGACAAAGAUUUUUGCCUGGUCUCAGAUUCUAACCUCCACAUCAAUGCUCACUUCAUAGGAAAACGAAAUGAGAAUAUGAAAAGAGACUUUACUUGGGUUCAAUCCAUUGGUAUCCUUUAUGGUACUCACAAGAUUUCUGUUGGGGCACUUAAGACAGCAACAUGGGAUAAUGCCAAUGAUCGUCUCUUCCUCAUCUUUGAUGAUCAAACUAUUGUUCUUCCCGACAACGAAGGAGCAAGGUGGGAGUCAGAAACUGGACCAACAGCCUCUAUUACUCGAACCAGCAGCACCAACGAAGUUGUGAUCGAAGUUGAAAACAUUUUCAAGAUUACAGCCAAGGUGGUGCCAAUUACAGAGAAAGAAUCCAAAGUUCAUAACUAUGGCAUAAAACAAGACGAUUGCUUUGCUCAUCUUGAGCUUGGAUUCAAGUUUUUAUCACUCAGUGAUGAAGUUAGUGGUGUUUUGGGCCAAACUUAUAGAAGGAACUACGUGAGCAGAGUUAAAAUGGGUGCUUUGAUGCCUGUAAUGGGAGGUGACAAAGACUUCGCAGCUUCAGGACUUUUUGAAGCUGAUUGCUCUGUUGCUAAGUUUCAAGCAGAAGAAUCUAGGAAUGAAGAUAUGGUGAAUUUGGAGCUGCCUAGCUUGAGGUGCAACAGUGGAAUUUAUGGACGUGGAGUUGUUUGCAAACGCUAGAGUUUCUUGAUUGGACAUUGUUGCUAAUAACUGAAUAAAGAUUUCAAUAGAGAAUAAGGUUAGAAAGCAUGGGAAUGUAACAAGAACUAUUGUUCAAUGGAAAAAUAUUAAGUUGGGCGAAAAAGAAUUAUAUUGUAAUAAUUUUUUCUCAAACAAAAUCAUUAUUUGUCUCUUCGAAAGUUGUAUUCUAAUUAAUUCAUGGA